AUGUCUCGGUACCCCGAUGCCAGUGGUGACAAGGGUGUUGAAAAAAAACCCUGCAAUGGAAACCAUGAGACGACCAAGAAACAAACGGUUCACGUAGAAAAAACCAGCAGUGGCUCUAAAUCCCAUAGCAAAAUACAAUCCACUUCUCGCAGCCAUUAUGAGAAGACAGAUCCAGAUCACAUAAAAUCUGAUUCAGAAUCUAAUACUCGUUUUGAAAAUCAGAACAGUGGUUAUAAUGAACAUAUAAAGGCAAAUGCUACUAAAACUGAAACUGAAAAUCACGGCAAAGACCAUACAAAGAAGACUUCUUCUAAUGCCGCUCAUGUAGAGAAGACUAGUGGUACUUACAAUCAGGAAACUAAAGGAAACUUUUCAUCUAACAGCAAUUAUGAAAAGAAGAAUGAUUAUGAGCAUUCAGAUUACUCUUCUAAUGGCAAUAUUGAACAGAAGAAUAGUGAACACAAUGAUCAGACUAAAAUAGAUUCGUCUGCAAAUCAGACUUACGAGAAAAAGAAGGGUUAUGAGCAUAGCGAUACUUCUUGUGAUACUAACGUUGAACAGAAGAACGAAGAGAAGAACAGUGAAACUAAAAUAAAAGAUUCUUAUAACAGUCAUUACGAAAAGGACGGAGAUAAAGUAAACGUCGAUGCUUGUUCCAAUACCAAUAUUGAGCAAGAGAACACUGAAAAUGAAAAUGAAACUAAAGUACGGGACUCUUCAAAAACUCAUAAUGAAAAGAGUAAAGACUACGAACACAGGGAUGAAUCUUACAAUACCAAUGUAGAGGAAAAGAACAAAGAGAAGAAAGAUGAGACAAAUAUAAACCAAUCUUCUAACGUUCAAUACGAAAAGGACAAAGAUUGUGAACAUACAGAUUCGAAUUACCACACAAAUAUUCAACAAAAGAACAGUGAAAGACAGGAUGAAACGACAGUGAAUGAUUCGGGUUUUAAGCAUUAUGAGAAAAGAAAAGGCCAUGAACAUAGACAUUCUUCUUCCAAAACCGACAUAGAACAAAAUAACAGACAAUACGAAGACGAAACGAAUAUAGACGUUACAGGAACCGACCACUAUGAAAAUAACAAUGGUAAUGAACGUCAAGAAUCUUACUUCAAUACAGAUAUUGAUCAAGAAAAUAAUGAAAAUGAGGAUCAUGCAAAAGUAAGCUAUUCUUCUGAAAACACUGACAAAAAGCACAAACGAGGAUGUCGUCAUCACAAAACACUAAAUGGUGAUACCGAACAUAAUACAAAUAAGCACAAACCGAAGCACCACAAAGGAUGCAGACACCACAUAACGGAUAGUGAACAUCCAAGUGGUGACAAGAAUCACAGUUCUGAAAAAAAUGAUGGCUCCAAGGAACCUGAGGAAGGAAGUCCUGGAAAGGGUGAUGAAUCCAAUAAAAAACCAAAGGGCAACAGUCCUGGGGACAAAGAUGAUACAAAUAAGCACAAACCGAAGCACCACAAAGGAUGCAAACACCACAUAACGGAUAGUGAACAUCCAAGUGGUGACAAGAAUCACAGUUCUGAAAGGAAUGAUGGCUCUAAGGAACCUGAGGGAGGCAAAGAUAAUGAAUCCAAUAAUGAACCAAAGGGCAACAGUCCUGGGGACAAAGAUAAUGAACCAAAGGGCAACAGUCCUGGGGUCAAAGAUAAUGAACCAAAGGGCAACAGUCCUGGGGACAUAGAUAAAGAACCAAAGAUCAACAGUCCUGAGGUCAAAGAUAAUAAAUCCAAUAAUGAACCAAAGGGCAACAGUCCUGGGGACAAAGAUAAUAAAUCCAAUAAUGAACCAACGGGCAACAGUCCUGGGGACAUAGAUAAAGAACCAAAGAGCAACAGUCCUGGGGUCAAAGAUAAUAAAUCCAAUAAUGAACCAAAGGGCAACAGUCCUGGGGACAAAGAUAAUGAACCAAAGGGCAACAGUCCUGGGGUCAAAGAUAAUGAACCAAAGGGCAACAGUCCUGGGGACAUAGAUAAAGAACCAAAGAGCAACAGUCCUGGGGUCAAAGAUAAUAAAUCCAAUAAUGAACCAAAGGGCAACAGUCCUGGGGUCAAAGAUAAUAAAUCCAAUAAUGAACCAAAGGGCAACAGUCCUGGGGACAAAGAUAAUAAAUCCAAUAAUGAACCAAAGGGCAACAGUCCUGGGGACAAAAAUAAUAAACCAAAGGGCAACAGUCCUGGGGACAAAGACAAUGAACCAAAGGGCAACAGUCCUGGGGUCAAAGAUAAUGAACCAAAGGGCAACAGUCCUGGGGACAAAGAUAAAGAACCAAAGAGCAACAGUCCUGGGGUCAAAGAUAAUAAAUCCAAUAAUAAACCAAAGGGCAACAGUCCUGGGGACAAAGAUAAAGAACCAAAGAGCAACAGUCCUGGGGUCAAAGAUAAUAAAUCCAAUAAUGAACCAAAGGGCAACAGUCCUGGGGACAAAGAUAAUGAACCAAAGGGCAACAGUCCUGGGGUCAAAGAUAAUAAAUCCAAUAAUGAACCAAAGGGCAACAGUCCUGGGGACAAAGAUAAUGAAUCCAAUAAUGAACCAAAGGGCAACAGUCCUGGGGACAAAGAUAAUGAACCAAAGGGCAACAGUCCUGGGGUCAAAGAUAAUGAAUCCAAUAAUGAACCAAAGGGCAACAGUCCUGGGGUCAAAGAUAAUGAACCAAAGGGCAACAGUCCUGGGGACAAAGACAAUGAACCAAAGGGCAACAGUCCUGGGGUCAAAGAUAAUGAACCAAAGGGCAACAGUCCUGGGGACAAAGAUAAAGAACCAAAGAGCAACAGUCCUGGGGUCAAAGAUAAUAAAUCCAAUAAUAAACCAAAGGGCAACAGUCCUGGGGACAAAGAUAAAGAACCAAAGAGCAACAGUCCUGGGGUCAAAGAUAAUAAAUCCAAUAAUGAACCAAAGGGCAACAGUCCUGGGGACAAAGAUAAUGAACCAAAGGGCAACAGUCCUGGGGUCAAAGAUAAUAAAUCCAAUAAUGAACCAAAGGGCAACAGUCCUGGGGACAAAGAUAAUGAAUCCAAUAAUGAACCAAAGGGCAACAGUCCUGGGGACAAAGAUAAUGAACCAAAGGGCAACAGUCCUGGGGACAAAGAUAAUGAAUCCAAUAAUGAACCAAAGGGCAACAGUCCUGGGGUCAAAGAUAAUGAACCAAAGGGCAACAGUCCUGGGGACAAAGAUAAUGAAUCCAAUAAUGAACCAAAGGGCAACAGUCCUGGGGACAAAGAUAAUGAACCAAAGGGCAACAGUCCUGGGGUCAAAGAUAAUAAAUCCAAUAAUGAACCAAAGGGCAACAGUCCUGGGGUCAAAGAUAAUAAAUCCAAUAAUGAACCAAAGGGCAACAGUCCUGGGGACAAAGAUAAUAAAUCCAAUAAUGAACCAAAGGGCAACUGUCCUGGGGACAAAGACAAUGAACCAAAGGGCAAUAGUCCUGGGGACAAAGAUAAUGAAUCCAAUAAUGAACCAAAGGGCAACAGUCCUGGGGUCAAAGAUAAUGAAUCCAAUAAUGAACCAAAGGGCAACAGUCCUGGGGACAAAGAUAAUGAACCAAAGGGCAACAGUCCUGGGGUCAAAGAUAAUAAAUCCAAUAAUGAACCAAAGGGCAACAGUCCUGGGGUCAAAGAUAAUGAAUCCAAUAAUGAACCAAAGAGCAACAGUCCUGGGGUCAAAGAUAAUGAAUCCAAUAAUGAACCAAAGGGCAACAGUCCUGGGGACAAAGACAAUGAACCAAAGGGCAACAGUCCUGGGGUCAAAGAUAAUGAACCAAAGGGCAACAGUCCUGGGGACAUAGAUAAUGAAUCCAAUAAUGAACCAAAGGGCAACAGUCCUGGGGACAAAGAUAAUGAACCGAAGGGCAACAGUCCUGGGGUCAAAGAUAAUAAAUCCAAUAAUGAACCAAAGGGCAACAGUCCUGGGGACAAAGAUAAUGAACCAAAGGGCAACAGUCCUGGGGACAAAAACAAUGAACCAAAGGGCAACAGUCCUGGGGACAUAGAUAAUGAAUCCAAUAAUGAACCAAAGGGCAACAGUCCUGGGGUCAAAGAUAAUGAAUCCAAUAAUGAACCAAAGGGCAACAGUCCUGGGGACAAAGAUAAUGAAUCCAAUAAUGAACCAAAGGGCAACAGCCCUGGGGACAAAGAUAAUGAACCAAAGGGCAACAGUCCUGGGGACAAAGACAAUGAACCAAAGGGCAACAGUCCUGGGGUCAAAGAUAAUGAACCAAAGGGCAACAGUCCUGGGGUCAAAGAUAAUGAAUCCAAUAAUGAACCAAAGGGCAACAGUCCUGGGGACAAAGAUAAUGAACCAAAGGGCAACAGUCCUGGGGUCAAAGAUAAUAAAUCCAAUAAUGAACCAAAGGGCAACAGUCCUGGGGUCAAAGAUAAUAAAUCCAAUAAUGAACCAAAGGGCAACAGUCCUGGGGACAAAGAUAAUAAAUCCAAUAAUGAACCAAAGGGCAACAGUCCUGGGGACAAAGACAAUGAACCAAAGGGCAAUAGUCCUGGGGACAAAGAUAAUGAAUCCAAUAAUGAACCAAAGGGCAACAGUCCUGGGGUCAAAGAUAAUGAAUCCAAUAAUGAACCAAAGGGCAACAGUCCUGGGGACAAAGAUAAUGAACCAAAGGGCAACAGUCCUGGGGUCAAAGAUAAUAAAUCCAAUAAUGAACCAAAGGGCAACAGUCCUGGGGUCAAAGAUAAUGAAUCCAAUAAUGAACCAAAGAGCAACAGUCCUGGGGUCAAAGAUAAUGAAUCCAAUAAUGAACCAAAGGGCAACAGUCCUGGGGACAAAGACAAUGAACCAAAGGGCAACAGUCCUGGGGUCAAAGAUAAUGAACCAAAGUGCAACAGUCCUGGGGACAUAGAUAAUGAAUCCAAUAAUGAACCAAAGGGCAACAGUCCUGGGGACAAAGAUAAUGAACCGAAGGGCAACAGUCCUGGGGUCAAAGAUAAUAAAUCCAAUAAUGAACCAAAGGGCAACAGUCCUGGGGACAAAGAUAAUGAACCAAAGGGCAACAGUCCUGGGGACAAAAACAAUGAACCAAAGGGCAACAGUCCUGGGGACAUAGAUAAUGAAUCCAAUAAUGAACCAAAGGGCAACAGUCCUGGGGUCAAAGAUAAUGAAUCCAAUAAUGAACCAAAGGGCAACAGUCCUGGGGACAAAGAUAAUGAAUCCAAUAAUGAACCAAAGGGCAACAGCCCUGGGGACAAAGAUAAUGAACCAAAGGGCAACAGUCCUGGGGACAAAGACAAUGAACCAAAGGGCAACAGUCCUGGGGUCAAAGAUAAUGAACCAAAGGGCAACAGUCCUGGGGUCAAAGAUAAUGAAUCCAAUAAUGAACCAAAGGGCAACAGUCCUGGGGACAAAGAUAAUGAACCAAAGGGCAACAGUCCUGGGGCCAAAGAUAAUGAAUCCAAUAAUGAACCAAAGGGCAACAGUCCUGGGGACAAAGAUAAUGAACCAAAGGGCAACAGUCCUGGGGACAAAAACAAUGAACCAAAGGGCAACAGUCCUGGGGACAAAAACAAUGAACCAAAGGGCAACAGUCCUGGGGUCAAAGAUAAUGAACCAAAGGGCAACAGUCCUGGGGUCAAAGAUAAUGAAUCCAAUAAUGAACCAAAGGGCAACAGUCCUGGGGUCAAAGAUAAUGAUUCCAAUAAUGAACCAAAGGGCAACAGUCCUGGGGUCAAAGAUAAUGAACCAAAGGGCAACAGUCCUGGGGUCAAAGAUAAUGAACCAAAGGGCAACAGUCCUGGGGUCAAAGAUAAUGAACCAAAGGGCAACAGUCCUGGGGUCAAAGAUAAUGAAUCCAAUAAUGAACCAAAGGGCAACAGUCCUGGGGUCAAAGAUAAUGAAUCCAAUAAUGAACCAACGGGCAACAGUCCUGGGGACAUAGAUAAAGAACCAAAGAGCAACAGUCCUGGGGUCAAAGAUAAUAAAUCCAAUAAUGAACCAAAGGGCAACAGUCCUGGGGACAAAGAUAAUGAACCAAAGGGCAACAGUCCUGGGGUCAAAGAUAAUGAACCAAAGGGCAACAGUCCUGGGGACAUAGAUAAAGAACCAAAGAGCAACAGUCCUGGGGUCAAAGAUAAUAAAUCCAAUAAUGAACCAAAGGGCAACAGUCCUGGGGUCAAAGAUAAUAAAUCCAAUAAUGAACCAAAGGGCAACAGUCCUGGGGACAAAGAUAAUAAAUCCAAUAAUGAACCAAAGGGCAACAGUCCUGGGGACAAAAAUAAUAAACCAAAGGGCAACAGUCCUGGGGACAAAGACAAUGAACCAAAGGGCAACAGUCCUGGGGUCAAAGAUAAUGAACCAAAGGGCAACAGUCCUGGGGACAAAGAUAAAGAACCAAAGAGCAACAGUCCUGGGGUCAAAGAUAAUAAAUCCAAUAAUAAACCAAAGGGCAACAGUCCUGGGGACAAAGAUAAAGAACCAAAGAGCAACAGUCCUGGGGUCAAAGAUAAUAAAUCCAAUAAUGAACCAAAGGGCAACAGUCCUGGGGACAAAGAUAAUGAACCAAAGGGCAACAGUCCUGGGGUCAAAGAUAAUGAAUCCAAUAAUGAACCAAAGGGCCACAGUCCUGGGGACAAAGAUAAUGAACCAAAGGGCAACAGUCCUGGGGUCAAAGAUAAUAAAUCCAAUAAUGAACCAAAGGGCAACAGUCCUGGGGACAAAGAUAAUGAACCAAAGGGCAACAGUCCUGGGGACAAAGAUAAUGAAUCCAAUAAUGAACCAAAGGGCAACAGUCCUGGGGUCAAAGAUAAUGAACCAAAGGGCAACAGUCCUGGGGACAAAGAUAAUGAAUCCAAUAAUGAACCAAAGGGCAACAGUCCUGGGGACAAAGAUAAUGAACCAAAGGGCAACAGUCCUGGGGUCAAAGAUAAUAAAUCCAAUAAUGAACCAAAGGGCAACAGUCCUGGGGUCAAAGAUAAUAAAUCCAAUAAUGAACCAAAGGGCAACAGUCCUGGGGACAAAGAUAAUAAAUCCAAUAAUGAACCAAAGGGCAACAGUCCUGGGGACAAAGACAAUGAACCAAAGGGCAAUAGUCCUGGGGACAAAGAUAAUGAAUCCAAUAAUGAACCAAAGGGCAACAGUCCUGGGGUCAAAGAUAAUGAAUCCAAUAAUGAACCAAAGGGCAACAGUCCUGGGGACAAAGAUAAUGAACCAAAGGGCAACAGUCCUGGGGUCAAAGAUAAUAAAUCCAAUAAUGAACCAAAGGGCAACAGUCCUGGGGUCAAAGAUAAUAAAUCCAAUAAUGAAUCAAAGGGCAACAGUCCUGGGGUCAAAGAUAAUAAAUCCAAUAAUGAACCAAAGGGCAACAGUCCUGGGGACAAAGAUAAUAAAUCCAAUAAUGAACCAAAGGGCAACAGUCCUGGGGACAAAGAUAAUGAAUCCAAUAAUGAACCAAAGAGCAACAGUCCUGGGGUCAAAGAUAAUGAAUCCAAUAAUGAACCAAAGGGCAACAGUCCUGGGGACAAAGACAAUGAACCAAAGGGCAACAGUCCUGGGGUCAAAGAUAAUGAACCAAAGGGCAACAGUCCUGGGGACAUAGAUAAUGAAUCCAAUAAUGAACCAAAGGGCAACAGUCCUGGGGACAAAGAUAAUGAACCGAAGGGCAACAGUCCUGGGGUCAAAGAUAAUAAAUCCAAUAAUGAACCAAAGGGCAACAGUCCUGGGGACAAAGAUAAUGAACCAAAGGGCAACAGUCCUGGGGACAAAAACAAUGAACCAAAGGGCAACAGUCCUGGGGACAAAAACAAUGAACCAAAGGGCAACAGUCCUGGGGUCAAAGAUAAUGAACCAAAGGGCAACAGUCCUGGGGUCAAAGAUAAUGAAUCCAAUAAUGAACCAAAGGGCAACAGUCCUGGGGUCAAAGAUAAUGAUUCCAAUAAUGAACCAAAGGGCAACAGUCCUGGGGUCAAAGAUAAUGAACCAAAGGGCAACAGUCCUGGGGUCAAAGAUAAUGAACCAAAGGGCAACAGUCCUGGGGUCAAAGAUAAUGAACCAAAGGGCAACAGUCCUGGGGUCAAAGAUAAUGAAUCCAAUAAUGAACCAAAGGGCAACAGUCCUGGGGUCAAAGAUAAUGAAUCCAAUAAUGAACCAAAGGGCAACAGUCCUGGGGUCAAAGAUAAUGAUUCCAAUAAUGAACCAAAGGGCAACAGUCCUGGGGUCAAAGAUAAUAAAUCCAAUAAUGAACCAAAGGGUAACAGUCCUGGGGACAAAAACAAUGAACCAAAGGGCAACAGUCCUGGGGACAAAGACAAUGAACCAAAGGGCAACAGUCCUGGGGACAAAGAUGAUACAAAUAAGCACAAACCGAAGCACCACAAAGGAUGCAAACACCACAUAACGGAUAGUGAACAUCCAAGUGGUGACAAGAAUCACAGUUCUGAAAGGAAUGAUGGCUCGAAGAAACCUAAGGGAGACAAUCCUGAAAAGGACGAUGACUCCAAUGACCAUAAAAAGAAUAGUAAUGAAACUAAAGAUAUCUCCGAUGACGAUACAGACACACAUCCAGUAACUAAUCAUGUAUGUAAACAUCAUCCUCACAAACACAGAGUAACUCACAUUGAAGUUAUUCCAAAACGUAGACAUCCGCAUAAGAGACAUAGAUGUCAUGGUCAUGGUGAACCGUUAUUCGACGAAAAUGUCAGCGAACAGCAAGACACAGGAUCGCACAGCAGUGAACAUAAGAAGGUACGUCACCCUAGAUGCCAUAGAAAAUGUGACGGAGUCAACUGUGAAAAAUAUAAGGAUGUAAAUGGUACCGAAGGUAACAGCACACACCCUGAUGAUUAUUCUAGUGCACCAAACAAGAAGCCUGAAGACAGUGCAGAAGGUAGUGGUAAGAAGACCAGCGAAGAAGUAAAUGUAUCUCCGGAACAGAAGAAUGGUGGUGAGAAUCCAAUUAAAGAUACUUCAAGUCCAGAUAUAGAGUCUGAUGAAAAUAGAUCACUACCACAUAAGCAUGUCCACAAACGCAGUGCAGAAAAGAAAUGCAAGAAGAGACACCAUCAUCCAUCAUAUUCUGAAGAUGAUUCUUCUAACUCUAGCAGUGAUAGCAGUGACAGCUCUCUAUCAGACAGCUCUGAUCAAAGUGACGAAACAAGUGAAUAUGUCAGUACAAGAAAGGAAUGCACGAAAAGCCAUCAUCAUAAGCAUCAUAUAAAACCUGAUGACGAUAACACAACUAAACCUCACGAUACUGAUGAUGCUGAUGGUGAUAAUGAUGGUGAUGAUGACACAAGUAAAUCUGGCGAUGCUGAUGGUGAUGCUGAUGGUGAUGCUGAUGGUGAUGCUGAUGGUGAUGCUGAUGGUGAUGCUGAUGGUGAUGCUGAUGGUGAUGCUGAUGGUGACGCUGAUGGUGAUGCUGAUGGUGAUGCUGAUGGUGACGCUGAUGGUGAUGCUGAUGGUGAUGCUGAUGGCGAUGCUGAUGGUGACGCUGAUGGUGAUGCUGAUGGUGAUGCUGAUGGUGAUGCUGAUGGUGAUGCUGAUGGCGAUGCUGAUGGUGACGCUGAUGGUGAUGCUGAUGGUGAUGCUGAUGGUGAUGCUGAUGGUGAUGCUGAUGGCGAUGCUGAUGGUGACGCUGAUGGUGAUGCUGAUGGUGAUGCUGAUGGUGACGCUGAUGGUGAUGCUGAUGGUGAUGCUGAUGGCGAUGCUGAUGGUGAUGCUGAUGGUGAUGGUGAUGGUGAUGGUGAUGCUGAUGGUGAUGCUGAUGCUGAUGGUGAUGCUGAUGGUGAUGCUGAUGGUGAUGCUGAUAGUGACGCUGAUGGUGAUGCUGAUGGUGAUGCUGAUGGUGAUGAUGACACAAGUGAACCUGGCGAUGCUGAUGGUGAUGGUGAUGGUGAUGCUGAUGGUGAUCCUGAUGGCGAUGCUGAUGGUGAUGCUGAUGGUGAUGCUGAUGGCGAUGCUGAUGGUGAUGCUGAUGCUGAUGGUGAUGCUGAUGGUGAUGCUGAUGGUGAUGCUGAUAGUGACGCUGAUGGUGAUGCUGAUGGCGAUGAUGACACAACUAAACCUGGCGAUGCUGAUGGUGAUGGUGAUGCUGAUGGUGAUGCUGAUGCUGAUGGCGAUGCUGAUGGUGAUGCUGAUGCUGAUGGCGAUGGUGAUGCUGAUGGUGAUGCUGAUGCUGAUGGUGACGCUGAUGCUGACGCUGAUGCUGAUGGUGAUGCUGAUGGUGAUGCUGAUGGUGAUGCUGAUGAUGAUGAUGACACAAGUGAACCUGGCGAUGCUGAUGGUGAUGGUGAUGGUGAUGCUGAUGGUGAUCCUGAUGGCGAUGCUGAUGGUGAUGCUGAUGGUGAUGCUGAUGGUGAUGCUGAUGGUGAUGCUGAUGGUGAUAUCGAUGGUGAUGAUGACACAAGUAAACCUGGUGAUGCUGAUGGUGAUACUGAUGGUGAUGCUGAUGGUGAUGCUGAUGGUGAUGCUGAUGGUGAUGCUGAUGGUGAUGCUGAUGGUGAUAACGAUGGUGAUGAUGACACAAGUGAACCUGGCGAUGCUGAUGGUGAUGGUGAUGGUGAUGGUGAUGGUGAUGCUGAUGGCGAUGCUGAUGGUGAUGCUGAUGGUGAUGCUGAUGGCGAUGCUGAUGGUGACGCUGAUGGUGAUGCUGAUGGUGAUGCUGAUGGUGAUGCUGAUGGUGAUGCUGAUGGCGAUGCUGAUGGUGACGCUGAUGGUGAUGCUGAUGGUGAUGCUGAUGGUGACGCUGAUGGUGAUGCUGAUGGUGAUGCUGAUGGCGAUGCUGAUGGUGAUGCUGAUGGUGAUGGUGAUGGUGAUGGUGAUGCUGAUGGCGAUGCUGAUGGUGAUGCUGAUGGUGAUGCUGAUGGCGAUGCUGAUGGUGACGCUGAUGGUGAUGCUGAUGGUGAUGCUGAUGGUGAUGCUGAUGGUGACGCUGAUGGUGAUGCUGAUGGUGAUGCAGAUGGUGACGCUGAUGGUGAUGCUGAUGGUGAUGCUGAUGGUGAUGCUGAUGCUGAUGGUGAUGCUGAUGGUGAUGCUGAUGGUGAUGCUGAUAGUGACGCUGAUGGUGAUGCUGAUGGUGAUGCUGAUGGUGAUGAUGACACAAGUGAACCUGGCGAUGCUGAUGGUGAUGGUGAUGGUGAUGCUGAUGGUGAUCCUGAUGGCGAUGCUGAUGGUGAUGCUGAUGGUGAUGCUGAUGGCGAUGCUGAUGGUGAUGCUGAUGCUGAUGGUGAUGCUGAUGGUGAUGCUGAUGGUGAUGCUGAUAGUGACGCUGAUGGUGAUGCUGAUGGCGAUGAUGACACAACUAAACCUGGCGAUGCUGAUGGUGAUGGUGAUGCUGAUGGUGAUGCUGAUGCUGAUGGCGAUGCUGAUGGUGAUGCUGAUGCUGAUGGCGAUGGUGAUGCUGAUGGUGAUGCUGAUGCUGAUGGUGACGCUGAUGCUGACGCUGAUGCUGAUGGUGAUGCUGAUGGUGAUGCUGAUGGUGAUGCUGAUGAUGAUGAUGACACAAGUGAACCUGGCGAUGCUGAUGGUGAUGGUGAUGGUGAUGCUGAUGGUGAUCCUGAUGGCGAUGCUGAUGGUGAUGCUGAUGGUGAUGCUGAUGGUGAUGCUGAUGGUGAUGCUGAUGGUGAUAUCGAUGGUGAUGAUGACACAAGUAAACCUGGUGAUGCUGAUGGUGAUACUGAUGGUGAUGCUGAUGGUGAUGCUGAUGGUGAUGCUGAUGGUGAUGCUGAUGGUGAUGCUGAUGGUGAUAACGAUGGUGAUGAUGACACAAGUAAACCUGGAGAUGCUGAUGGUGAUGCUGAUGGUGACGCUGAUGGUGAUGCUGAUGGUGAUGCUGAUGGUGAUGCUGAUGGUGACGCUGAUGGUGAUGCUGAUGGUGAUGCUGAUGGUGACGCUGAUGGUGAUGCUGAUGGUGAUGCUGAUGGUGAUGCUGAUGAUGAGGAUGACACAAUCGAACCUGACAACACUGAAAGCGAUGAGUCUAGUCAAAAUUACGAUUCAAUCGACAGUAUAGGAACUAGCAGUAGCGAUAGUGGAAGCGAAAGUUUCGAAUCAAGCCAAAGCUACGAUUCGAGCGAAAGCAAUGAUAUCAGCGAAAGCGACGAGUCCAGUUCAAGCUUUGAAACUAGCGACAGCGAUUCGGAUAGCAAUAGCGAUAGCGAUAGCAAUUCUUCCAGCAAUAGCGAAUCGUCUAGCGACAGUGGUAGCUCUUCAUCAAGCGACAGUGGUAGCUCUUCAUCAAGCGACAGUGGUAGCUCUUCAUCAAGCGACAGUGGUAGCUCUUCAUCAAGCGACAGUGAUGAAAGCUCUGAUAGCCAAUCAACUGAUGAAGAUUACUCUGAUGAACAUGAUGAUACUGUUAAAAGAAGAUGUAUUAGCACUUGUGCAGUAUGUGGCAAAAAAGGGCACACGAUCAUUGAUGUAGAUAAUAACAGCAAUACUGAAAACGAGCCAUCAGGAGACACAAGUGAACAUAAACAACCUGGUAAUGGGAAGAAAUGUCAUAGGAAACAUCGUAAAGAAGAUAAUACUAAGGACACUGAAAACAGCGACUCUUCUGACGUAAAAACUACGUCUUCUGAAAGUGCAAAUGGUAAGAAUCAUCUGAAAAAGCGGCAUGGAAGAAAUGGUAGAAUUGAUAAAACAAAGAUACAUAAAAGAUCAACUGAUACGAAAGGGCCUAAAGAUAAGUCAGGCGAUUCGAAUGAAAACGAGAAUGAGAAGGAAAAAGAUAUAAAUAAAGAGAAAGAUGAUAAAAACCAAGGCAAUAACCAGUGUGGUUGCAAGAAAACUAACGAUGAAACUAAAGACACUAAUACUAAAGGCGAACAUAAGAAAAAGAUAGUCUCACACACGAUCACUAGACGCAAAAGAUCAAUACAUACUUCAAACAAAACGCACAGAUCCAAAAAACGUAUCAUAAGACGCUCACACGGCAACGAAGUUGUUGAAAGUCAGGAAACGGAGACUCAUACCGCUGCAGCCAAGAAAUCAGAAGUAAGCACAGUCGACAAAGAUGUAGGGGGAACACACUACAGCCAAGUCCGACAGAAUACAGAAGAGCAGAAACAAGAAGGAAAGUCCUACCACGACUCUAAAACAGAAAGAGAUGCCAAAGGAUCAGUUAAAAAGGAAACGGUAGAUGAAAGACAGGAACAUGGAGAGUCCAAAGCAGAAAAAUACGAGAAAGACUCUGUAAAAAGUGAGAAUGAGAACACAGAAGUAGAAAGAAGGGAUAAGCAGGAAAGUGAAUAUGAUUUGUACUAUAAGAAUAAAGAGGUUUGUGAAGAUUAAUCUUAAAAAUUAGAUACAUAAGGUUAAAGGUACUUUUAAUUUGGCCCUUCUUUAAUAUAUCGCCGAUCUGGUCGUUAUAUGAUAAUGUGAAAAAAAUAUAAAAACUAUCGUGAGACAUACGAAAUUAACU